UUUAGAAUAUCGAUACAGUAUCGGGAAAUGAAAUAUCGUGAUAUUUCAGUGUAUCGAUAUUUUCUUACACCCCUAGGAAAUUAUCACUGGAUGUAACGCUACAACAGAUGAACAUCACAUCUCACAGUGUUACAUAAAAUCACACCAUCUUUUACAAGAUAAUCAAACGGCUAUAGCUUAUUUUUUCAACAUCAGAUGAUUUGUCUAAAACUGUGACAUGCAAAUACAUUUCUUUUACGUUUGUAUUUUAGUGACUGCAUAAUUAUUUUAGGUUUUUCUAUAUUCAUGUUCUUGAAAACACAGUUUCGUGUCUUUUUCUUGAUCUUUCUGCAUGACUCAGUAAAAACAGAAAUUGGACUCCACAGACACACCUGUUAUAUCAGUUUCAUUCUGCCUCCCUCAGUCUAAGUGUCCCUGACACUUUGCAUAUCGUCUCACCUGUUCUGCAGAAUUUAGGUUUUAUACAUUUCGUCAAACACCAGAGAAUAUAGUGUUUUGUGUUUAACUAGCUGUUAUAUUAUUACAUAACUGGCAAUAAUUACAGCGUGUGUGUCGCUGUGCACGUGAAGCAUUAAUUAUUCAAACUGCAGCGUCCUUAUCCUGAACACACACACACUCAAACACACACACACACUCGUUUAUUUCUGUUUCUGCCUCAGCCAAAGUCAGCCCAAGUCCCUCAGCUCUUUAGUAAACAGGUGAGUUUGUUCGGCUUUUCCUUCCAGCAGAUAUUGUUCAGUGAGACAACAGACAUGUAGAGUCUGUUAACAUCUAAAGGCGCAACACUUUAUCCUCACGUUUAUUUUUAAGGUUUUAUUAUGGGCAUGUAAAUGUAAUUAGCUCGUGAAAAUUUCCAGUUUGAAAUUAGGUUUGUAAAGAUACCAUGCUAGUUUUUCUGUUUACACGUAUACUCGUAUGAACAAAUUUAUCACAGAAAAAUUAAUAAAGGAAAAAGAAACAAACCUCACAAGUCUAGAAAAUGGCUUAGCAUUUAUUGAGAUUAAUAAAUUGUAGAAUCAUUAAAAUUGAAUGUUUUUAAUGUCGUCUUUAACCUUUAUUAUAAAGAAAAGAUUCAUCUAAACCUUAGUGUUUUCCUUAUUGGUAUAUAAGAAACAAAUAACUCAAUAAACAAUGAAGCUUUUGGAUAAUCGGGUGUAUUUAAAUUUAAUUUGUUUGUAUGUUUGAUGUAUAUUCUCUUUUUUUAAAUAAAUUUAAAUUAAAACAAAAUUGGUAGAAUCUAGUCUUUCAGUAGAUUGUUGGCAUGUCUUUACUUUAAAUAAUCAUUGAGAGAGACUAUAGUUACAAAGUAUUUUUUAUGUGAAGUAUCAGGGUUUCUUCCUUGAAUCUGAACAGAGUGUCUGUUGAGUAAAAGCAGUUUGUUCAUUCUCAGCACUUUUAAAUCAACUUUUCAACCAGAAUUCAAGACCACUUUUAUAUUUUUAAUAUUCUAUAAGUUAGAGGAUCUAUGUUGCAUAACUCUGUCUCAUAACCUCCAAUUCUGUUUAGCUUGUUAUUUAUUUAGACCAGAAUUUCAUUUCUCUGAAAUCGUUAAGAUCAUUUGCCUACACUGCCUAUGCCACAGGACAGCCUGUGACAUAGGCAGUGUAGGCAAAUGCUGAGUGCACCAUCCAGCUCGGGGGCGCCACAAAUGGGGGAUGAAAAAACAUAUAUAUUUUACAGCUUUUUAUCAGAUUAGUUGUUUUAGUCAGUAGAAUAAUUAGUUUAUUCAGGUCUAUGAAGGUAAAUUGUUCUGUAGGUUUCUCAGCUGCUUUGCGGUGUAACAAAUUGUAAUUGUAAAUUAACAGUGAGAUUUAUAAAAUUGCACAAGUAGUGCCACGUGAAAUCUAGGGUGCCAAAUUAGCUUGGGCCGGCCUUGAUUUACACACUUGCUGUCCUGCUCCAUUGAAAAAUAAUCAGAUUUCCUUAAACUUAAUUUCAUGAACCACAAGGAUUAGUUUGUUACCAGAAAACAUGAGUAUACUGUAUACGACAGCUGUGUGUUGUCUCUGUGCCAGGAUGGUGUCUCCGGCUAUUGCUCUGGCCUUCAUUCCUCUCCUGCUGACGGUGCUGAUCAGGUACCGGUACUUCUUCGUGCUGUUCUAUCGGUCGGCUCUGGUCCGGAUAUGGAAGGACUGUACAACGGGUCUGAGCCGGGAGGAGCGCGCCUUCCAGUACGUUCUCACUCACUCCACUCCUGGAGAUCCUGACAGCAUCCUGGAUGCUUUUGAUUUCUGGUGCAGCAAGGUGGAGUUCAUCAGCAACAUUGGGCCCAAAAAAGGGAAAAUUCUGGACCGGCUGCUGAUGGAACAGAGCCCCCUGACUGUGUUGGAGCUGGGGGCUCAUUGUGGAUACAGCACUGUGAGAAUAGCCCGGGCCCUGCCCCUGGGGGCCAGGCUCUACAGCAUCGAGAUGGAUCAGAGGAAUGCUGCCAUCACAGAGAAAAUCGUCCGCCUGGCAGGUUUUGAUGACAACACGGUGGAGCUCAUCGUGAAUCCAUCUGAUGAGGUGAUCCCUCGGCUGAGAACCGACUACAACCUGGAGAGGCUAGAUUUUGUCUUCAUGGACCAUUGGAAGAAGUGCUACCUGCCCGACCUGCAGCUGCUGGAGGGCAGUGGUCUGCUGGGGAAAGGAUCCAUGGUUCUGGCUGACAACGUGCUGUUUCCUGGGGCUCCAAAGUUCCUCAGGUACCUGCGCAAGUGCGGCCUGUACGAGUGGAAGAUCCACCGAGCAACCCUGGAGUACAGCACGGGCAUCAAGGACGGGAUGGCUGAGCUGAUUUAUCAGGGAAUUAAAUAAAGUAGAAUAACAAAAGUGCAUUUUAAAGUGGACAUAUCGUGCAAAACCCACCUUUUUUAGCCAUUAAAUGCAUUUUAUUGUGGA